AUGGAUGGCAAGGAACUCAUCUCACAGUCCGACCUGCAGUCAUUCUACCAGCAGCAACAGCAGCAGCACCGGGCCUUCGGCAGCGGCGGCGGGCAACAUAGCCCGUCCUCGCUGGCCGGGAUGCACUCCGUCAUCCGCCCCAUGCCCAACAUGCCCAACAUGAACAUGAGCCCCACGGCGAUCCUCAACUCCAUCGGCGGGGGCUCCCUCGCCGGCAUGCAGUUCCAGAUGGACCCUCCGCCGCCGCCGCCGCCAUUGCUGCACACCGCCACUGCCGCCAUGGGCGGCUCCGCCUCCGGCCCCGGCGCCGUCCCGCCGGCCUCCGCUGAGCCCGUCAAGCGCAAGAGAGGGAGGCCGCGCAAGUACGGGCCCGACGGCACCAUGAAGCAGCAGCAGCAGCAGCAGCAGGCCGCGGCGUCGCAGCAGCACCUCGUCGCCGCGCCGCCGAGGAUGGGGUCCCUGUCGUCUGGUCCCGACAUGCUCGGUAGCUCCGGGAUGGAGGACCCCGCGCAGAAGAAGCGGCGCGGCCGGCCGCCGGGAACCGGCAAGAAGCACCAGCCCUCGCCAUACCAAGGCAAUGCGUUCGCCGGUUCAGCUGGAACGAGUUUCACUCCGCACAUCAUCACAGCGUCUCCUUCAGAGGACGUGGCGGCGAAGAUCGUCGCGUUCGCCACCCAGUCGUCAAGGGCGGUGUGCGUCCUCUCGGCGAUGGGCUCCGUCUCCAGGGCCGUCCUCCGCCACCCGGCCGACGGCUCUCCCAUGGCGAGGGUUCACGCGUCGCCGCAGCCGUACAAGAACAACCCUGCCAUCUACGAGGGAUUCUACGAGAUCCUGAGCCUAACAGGCUCGUACAAUCUGGCCGAGGGAUCACAAGCACAGGGCCAGCAGAGCGGCGGGCUCAGCGUCACGCUCUGCAGCCCUGAAAGGAAUGUGAUCGGAGGUGUUUUGGGCGGCCCACUGGUAGCUGCAGGCACCGUGCAGGUGGUACUGGGGAGUUUUCACCAGGGAGGGUCGAGAUCCAAGUCCAAGAAAGCCGGGAAGCAGCAGCAGGCGGCGGCCACGGCGACGGCGGCGGCGGCCUUCAGCUCCGACUCGCUCACCGGCGGCCAGGAGGCGUCGCCCAGCUCCGGGCGCAACCAAAAUCUAACGCCGCCGCCCUCCGUGACGGGAGGGUGGCCCACCCCCGGGAUAUUUGACACGAGAAGUUCCAGCAUUGAUAUCAACUCAUCUAGAGGCUAG